AUGGUACCUAAGGGUCCGCAGCGCUCCUCUUCGGUAUCUCUUCCAGCCCAGGCCACUUAUACUCCAGAGGUUGUGGAGGUCGAUAAGGUCACCAUUGCCGCAGCUCCUGAGCCACAGGUACUAAAAAAGCCCAUAAGAAUCAAGUUCGUCAAGAAGGCCGCGAAUCCUCUGAUAACCCCGGUUCGGCCGAAGAAGGCCGAAGAAAAAGACGGCAGCGAUAGGCCCUGA